AUGGGCGAGGCAGCGCAGCUGCGCGCGCUCCAGCGUCAGUUUUACGAGCAGUUUGAUGUACCUUUCUCAAAGGAGGAAGAUGAAAGCGAUACAAACUCGUCAAGUGCAAUGCAUGGCCCAGACGAGACCGAUGAAGACGAGAGUGAAUCGAAUGACGACGAGUUCGACGACAAUGAAAAUCUCAUCGAGACAGCCACAGAAAUACCAAAAAUGCGCGCAGUCACUGCACCUGAAAGGCGCGUUCCUGAGACAGUCGUUUUUAAUGAUCCGCGUCAGGGAGCGAACAGUGAUCCUUCACCAGAGCAAGCACGGAAACAUUUCAUGUCGUCCAAAAUUGAGAAAAUAAAUAUUGACUCUGUGCAACGGAGCCAAACGCCAUCCAACGAGCAGGACGAGGAGGGCGAUGCAGACAUGCGUGCCAACGACCGCAAACUCUCGGCGCUCUUAUCAACGACGUUGUUUGCGCCCGGUAGUACCUCACUGAACAAGAAGCGCAAACUUACUACAACCACGAAUGAGAAUCUUGCGCGCAUAGUAGAAUUGUCCAAUGUUGACACGAUCGGCGGCGCAAAAGCAGCGCCCGGCACGCAGUUUGGCGAAAAGACGUUGAAAGCGCAGGAGCUGGGCAAGAUGCCUGCACGAAUACGCUCGGGAAUUCGCCGCGCAGCUGGAGAGCGCCGUGAUCGUGAGAUGGAGACACAGAAAGAGCUGGGUUUGUGGGAUCCCAAGCAGCACAAGAAAUCGCGCAUGAGCCAAGGCACCUCUACAGAGCGCGGCACGAAAUCAGUGCAAACAAAGCAUCGCGAGCGUGGUAUCGGCAGCGGUAUCGGCAAGUACCGCGGGGGUACGCUGCAUCUUUCCAGUGCUGAGGUCCGCAAUAUGCAGGGGCCAAAGACAACGACACGCGACGGCGGCAAAAGGCGCGGCUCCCAGGGAGGGAAACGCGGGGGUGGACGGCGGCAGUAA